CCUAUAUUCCUUGUAUCUUCCAUAAUAUUUCCAACUGUACGCUCAGGCCUGACCACUACUAUGUCUCAACAGAUGACAUCCCCGCUCAAGACCUACUUCGACGAGCUUGAGGAAACCAACGGUGAUGAUGAAUGCAGGGAGUGGCUGAACAAACUCUCCGACGUUCGAGCCGAACUAGCAACAUUGGUCGCUACGCGCCGGGAAGGAGGGGGAAUUGGAACAUAUAUUGAGAUCCUCAAGGCUCCUUCAACUUCAGCUUCCGCUACACUUUCAACGAUGGGCGACCGGAUACCAUCAUCCGAUUCCCCAAGCCGGGACACACUGCUACAGCGUACAGGGAUGAGAAGUCCACAUAACCUUGGACCAUUCAUCAUCGUGGACUAUGUCACCGGAACCCUUCUAUCAACCAUCUUGAAACAGCCAGAUGAAGAAGACUUGUAUCUAAAUCCGAACAUCGACAACACACUCCUAGACAAAAUCUACUUUCAAAUCGCCCGCUACCUACUCCAAAUUUCCCACCUCACAUUCCCCAAAAUCGGAGCUAUCUCGAAGAACAACACAUCCAACACAUGGCACGUCCCCAACCGCCCCCUAACAUACAGCAUGAACGAGCUACGGAACCUAGCCGAUGAUCCAGACAUCGCUCAAAACAGGUCCAUUGCCCGCCAUCGCUUCAAACAACUCAUCUCCAAGUACUAUUCUACAGAAAACGAACCGUUCAUCCUCUUCUGCGACGACAUGCGACCUUCGAAUAUGCUCAUAGACCCCAGAAUGGAACAAUUCUUGCGUGCUCUAGCAAGGGUGGAGCGCGAGAUUGAGUACAACCAGCCCGGUCAUCUGUCUCUUUCUGCCAGGAUGCGCGGUUCUUGGAGUACCGGUCGGUUGUGGUUCGAUUAUGCGGCGAGGAAGAGCUUUGAUGUUGACAUUGUUUAUUGGGCCACUCUCCAUUCCGCUGGUACUGGUAUUGAAGAGCUUGACGAGAAGGCACGUGCGGAGCUGGAGCCACUCAAGAGGAUGAAGAUGGAGCAGCUGAAGGCGUACAAGGAAGAGUGCUCUGCUCGGUUUUCUUCGGAUAUAUAA